AAAUAAAUUUGAAUAAAGAAAAACAAUAAUUUGAGCGAAUUAGUUUUUAUAUACAUAGCAUUUUCUAGAAGCUUUAGUAGUAAUUAUAUAGAGUUUUAAAAAGUGAGGUUUUUACAGAAAUAAAAUAAUUAAAAAUAGUGAUGCAAAAGACAAUGUAAAUUUUAUUCUCGAAAUUUCUUUAGCGCUCCUAUAGUAAAAUGGGCUUAAAGAAAAGAUAAUGUGUUUUUGACAGUUGAAACAAGAGAUUUGAAAGAUGAAAAAGUUGAUUUGACUUCUAACUCACUAAAAUUCUCAGCUAAUGCAGAAGGUAUUAAUUAUGCUUUUGAAAUUAAUUUCUUUGCCGAAGUUGUUGUUGAAGUAAAUAAAUUUAUUAUAUAAAUUAUAGGAAAGUAAAUGGACUAAUUAUGGAUUGAAUGUCAGAUUUAUUUUAUCUAAGAAAGAUAAAACUGCUUCAUAUUGGACAAGAUUAAUAAAGGAGACACAUAAAUUAUAAUACUUAUAGGUUUGAUAUAUUUUCUAAUAAAAGGUGGAUUGGACAAAAUACAUUGAUGAAGAUGAUGAAGCUGAAGAAGGAGGAAAAGGUUUAGAUGAUUGGGAUUAGAACAAAUUCUAAAAUUUCGAUUAAGGUGGUGCAGAUGAAGAUGAUGAAGAAGGUGAAGAAGAAUAACCAAAGGAAGGUAUAAAUAGAAGUUUUUAAUGUUAGGAAAUGUUGAUGAUUUAGAAAAAGAAGAAGAAGUAUAAAAAAAUGAUUAAGCACCAAAAGAAGGUGAAUAAGAGAAAUAAGCAGAGAGUAAUUGAUAUGAUAUUAUAUCUAUGUUUAAAUAUGAAGAUGUA